AUGACCAACUCUUUACCAACUAUACCAGCUAAGUCAGCUAGCCUGCGAGCUAGCCAAUUACCAGCCAAAGUGUCACCCAGCAAGCAACCAAUUAGCCAGCCAGCCAACAAACCAACCUUUCAGUUAGCCGCCAGGCAACCGGCCAACCAGCCUGCCAGUCUUAAAAAGCCCGAUUGUCAUUAUCAAGCCAACCAUAUAGCAAACCUGCCAACCAGUCAUCCUCAAGCCAGCAGCCAGCCAACCAGCCGCCAAACCAGCGAGCAACAAGCCAACAAGCCCGCUCACCAGCCAACGAGCCAGCCUUACGGUCAGCCAGCCAGCCAGCCUUCCAGCCAGCCUUCCAACAAGUCAGCGAGCCUGCCAAUCAACCAUACCAGCCAUCCAGCCAGCCAGUCGUCGUGCCAUCCAGCCAGCAACCAUCUGAACAACCAACCCGCGGUGACCCAAUACGCUUACAUCACUAGAGUCGAACUUCUGGCCCGAGUAAUGACAACAUCAUGA